CGAAAACAGAAGAAGAACUCACAGCUCAAAGGAUGACCGAUCAAGCAUCUGUUGCUUCUUCUUCUCCACCGAACACUGUCGCUAGGUUCGUUAAGUUCGGUGUUUUUCACGGCGAAUUUCCGGAGGGUUUGAGGGUGCUGGUCGUGGAUGAAGAUCCCCACUAUCUCCUCACAAUGGAGAACCAACUCAAAGAAUUUAAAUAUCAAGUCACGAAAUGCAACGGAUUGGCCGCCGCCUUGUCGCUUCUCCGCGGCAGCAAAAAUAGUUGCGAUAUAGCCAUCGUGGACGUCCAAGAUUUAAACGCCGAAAGAUCCAAGAUUUUUUCACAAAUCAGAUCCGAGACAGAUAUCCCCAUCAUCAUUAUGUCUUCGGAUGAUUCGGUGGAAUCGGUGAUCGAAGGUGUGAGGAACGGUGCAUGCGAUUAUCUGGUGAAGCCGAUAAGACCGGAGGUGCUGAGGACGAUAUACAAACACGUGGCUAAGAAAGUUCUAGAACGUGCGGAGGAAGAAGAGAAGGGUGAGACCUCGUCCUCUUGUUUCACAAACCCUAGAAAAAAGGUCCUCGACGAAGGACAUGACAGCGAUCACGUGCAUGGUAGGGUUUCGAAAAAGAGAAGAGUGAUUUGGUCUACCGAUCUUCAUCGUCAGUUUUUGGAUGCCGUCAAUCAGCUUGGGGUUGACAAGGCUGUUCCAAAAAAAAUCUUGGAGAUAAUGAAUGAUGAGAGUCUCAGAAGAGAAAAUGUCGCCAGUCAUCUCCAGAAAUACCGAAUGUAUCUGAAGAGACAGGAAGAAGAAAAAGAGAACAUGAAACGCCCCUUGUCAUGUCCACCAGACAGAAACUACUACCCAGCUCCACCUUGUCUCAGCGAGAACACCUCGACGAUGAUGCAUCAAAACCCU